AUGAACUUUCUGAAAAAGUUCUGUUGUUGCAUAACAGACGGAGAAGAUGAUGAGAGCUAUUUGAUCCGAAACGAGGAAACCGACGACAUAUUUAGAUCUGAAAGGUUUGUUAUCCAUGUUUUUAAUGGUUUUCACUGAAUUUUAACCUAGUUUUUGCAAUAUAUGUUUAGUAAAAUAUGAAUAAAUUAUAUUGUUGUGUUUUAGUGUAAAUGUGCCUUCCCAGAAUGCCACAGGGAAUGGAAUACCGGCUGGCAAUCGACUUACUCCACCUUAUUCUGUUGGAGAGUCCGUGAGGUCAAGAGAACAGAACGAGGCCGCCUUGAUUCACAGGAUUUUAAACACAGCUCAAGAAGUAAGUGGUCUUGGUUUAUUUAUUUUGUGUUUAGAGAAUAAUUGACGUCAACUUGGAUGAUAACGUAGGAGAAGUUGAUGUGACACAAAGGUCACGAGCCUAUUCUGAAGCCGUUCGAAAGCAUGAUGGAAAAAAGAAGAAAAAUUCAGGUUAGUUUGGGUAAAAUUAAUUGUAUAUGUUUUAGAAUUUUUUUUCUUUUAUUUUUUAGCUUACAAAUUAGGGCUGUAAUAUUGGUUUAGUUUAAAGAUAACGUUCAUGUCAAAUUGUUUUAGACGACUCGGCUCCUCUCGGUCAUGUUCUUCUUGACGUUGGUGGUCAAGCGAAUCAAUCAAACUUGAACGCAUCUAAUGUAACCGUAAAUGAUGUCCAACUUCUGAAUCAGGUAUCAGAAGCACUGUCGGAAGCCGUCCGUUCAGAUGUAGGUAUUUGUCCGGGAGAAGAGCUGGUGGCUUAUAUGGAUUUGGAUGGAUAG